AGGCUGACUUCCGACUACUCUAAGUCGACGUCCGUUCUCUCUACUAGGCAUGUCUGUCGCCGCCUCCGAAGCAAUCACCUUUUUGGACAAUUCCUUUACAGCAAGCUAUGCUUUUGUAGCCGGCGCAGCGCUCAUAUUGUUCGACCAUGCCAUAACAUUUGGCCAGCAGGUCCAAUUGUUCUGGGCCGAGAGGUCGUUCUCCACAUGGUUGUUUUUUGCUAAUCAGGCGCUUUCACUGAGCUAUGCGAUCAUUUCCGUUUUGUCCCUCGUGAACUUUAGCACAGUAACCGUACGUGGAACCAUAUUUUGUAUGGCAAGCCUCGUGAUGAGCGGACUGCUUAGAAUACUCACCGGAGCAAUCUCAGAAACGGCUACAAUAUUGCGAAUAUAUGCCGUGACAGGUGGUGAUCGAAGGCUUGUUAUCCUCCUUGCACUGCUUGCGGUCUUCAAUGUGAUCACAAACGUCUACGUCUGCUUCACCCGAGUGUCGUAUUCUGUGUUUGUACUGGAUGGCGCAGAAAUAUGCACCGAGUCCAGCAGUCCUAGUUCAGUGGAAGAUGUCAUUGCAAAAUUGGACAAAGUCAAUGCGGCCUGUGGUUCACUUUUCGCCAUCAUGGCGCUCGCAAUUCUCUGGUACAAGCUAUAUGAUCGCCAUAGACCAGCCGUGGUUGACAUCCUGUCUACGAGGAAUCCAUCGCUUGCGGCACUGCUACUCAGAGAUGCUCUAUUACUAAUGAGCUUACUUGCGACUGUACUCACUCCCGUUCUGAUCUCUCGUGCUCUCCUCAACAUCCGAGCCGCAGCGCGGUCCACACGAGGAGAACAGUCCCAAACGCCCUCCUUCGUCCAGUCAGACCGAGGGCUCCAGUCACAAGCAGACGUCGAGAACAUGUCGUUCGAAUUGAACAUCCUCGGCAGCACCGAACAAGCCCGGGAGACUGAUCGCACUCACCCACAAGACUCUGCGGAACAUGAUGAAAUCAUUGCCGAACCGCGCAACAUGGCAGACAAUGCUGCUAUCGCGGGCGAUGCUCAUCAGGACGUGAACGAGGAAGAGGGGAUGGACGAAGUCGAGGAAGAGAUGAUGUCGGAUUGGGAGAAUGACGAGUGAGGGGAGAGAAUGGGCCUUGAAAUCGAGCUGUCAGAUUCACUGUGAUCGUCCAUUUACUUGCUAUUUAUUCUCUCCGCACAACCUCAGCGGAUAUGCGUCGUGCUAUAGAUCUUGUUUGACAUGUUUCUCGCAUGAACAUCCGUACUAACUAAUUGUAUCUGCGAUUGAGUUUUCACACGUAUGCUAUGGAAUAUACCGUGCCCCCCCUAUUCUGGAUGAGCCAUCGGGUUAUCGAGGAUGCACGCCGAACGGACCGCU